AUGAAAUAUAGACAACUCAAAGUUAAACCAAGAAAGAUAUUUGAAGUAACACCCUGUCUUGCAGAGAUGGGUGCUGUAUUUGAAUGUUGGGCUACGACGGGUAGUGUAGAUUCCAAGAAUUGUGCAGCUGUAGCAAAGAAUUUAUCCACCUGCAUGGGCAAAUCUAGGCUUAGACAAAGACCAACAAAUACGAUCAACUACCACUUAGCACGCUUAAGCAAGCAAUUAUAA